UGUCACUUUUACCAUGUAUUUCAGUGCUCGUGUUCAAGCCUUUGCAGCUUUGGUGAGAGUUUCUUUUGAUAGAAGACUUGAUCGUGCACAGAAGCGAUCGUUGUAGUAGUAGUGCCGUGUUUUUGAUCAUUGGUAAGGACCUGGGAGCUUUGCUAUGAGAGAUGGCGAGGGCGAAGAAGCCACCCCAAGGAGCGAAAGCUAAGAAGAAAUCUGUCAAGGUGCAGAUUCGUGGGAUUGAACGGCUUCUGAAGAAGGAUGAUUUGCCAGCGCCAGUUCGUGAGUCGCAGGAGAGAAUGCUGGCUAUGCUGCGUGGCGACCAGCAGGAUCAUCAGCGGCAGAUUGUAGAGCAACGUAUGCAAAAGAAGUAUCGGAUGGUGCGCUUCUUCGAAAAGAGGAAGCUUAUGAGGAAAAUUCAGCAGUGUAACAAGAAGUUGGGAUCGGCUUCAAAAAGUGACAGGCGGCUGCUGGAGGAGCGUCUCGCUGACCUUCAUAAAGACUUCAAUUACAUAGAGUACUUUCCCAAGGCAAAGAAGUAUAUCUCGUUAUUUGCCGAGGACCAAGCCGAGAAAAGUCUGCAAGAGAAAGGGCGUCUUCGUGAGGGCAUUGCGAAGCAAGUGUCGGCCGGUGCAUUGCGCAAUGCAGCAAACCGGCUAGGCGGAGGCGAUAUCGAUAUCGGUGAUGAUGAGGAGUCUUAGCAUAACAUUAGAUAAAUCUUUUUUUCCCAUGAAAAUGAAUGAUACAAAAGCGUGAUCUCGCAACAUGUUCUACCUCAUGCAACAAACAAACCAUGAUACUAUAAUUACCCAGACGUAUCUUAUUUCCACGUAAUUAUGCUCGUAGUACUUCGUAUGUGCUAGAAUGUGAUGAUCAUGUGGCCCAUGCUUCUUAGGACUUUCUACUUGAUCGUGUUCUGUCAUGUUUUAAAUACCAACACAUAUGAUACGUAUGAUGUG